UGGAGCCAGGUGAGGGGCGUCGCUGAAACUGUUAUGGCAGUGACGUCAGAAUAUCUUGAUUGGUUAAUAUAUUAUGCAACAGACAGUGAUUGGUGAAAAAUCAAAGAGGCGUAGCCGUUACUAAAAUGGAUGUUUGGUUACGAAAUUGCACUGCCCGUAAAGUGAGCGGGUCCAGUGGUAUUACCCGUUCACCUCACAGGCAUUGAAGCAUUAAUCAUGUGCGGAAUGCUUUGUUUUUGAUGUGGUACUACCUAUAAAGAUCCUUUGUAUUGUAUUGCAUUAGUAUUGCAAUUUAUAAUGUAUGUAUGUUUGUAUAGUAUUGCAGGACUGUGAACCGUGUGUCAAUUAAAAAUACUCCCUUUAAAGGUUAUGAAAUGCAUUUAAAUAACGACUGCAGAGAGAGGCUUCCAUAUCCUCUCAGAGUUUUGAGCAAUUAUUACGGUAGUAGGCUAAUUAUUUGCGAUAAGAGGUAAAUGUGUAUUUAGUUUCCACUUUUCAUAUAGUAAUUCCUGUUAGUUACUUUGGAAAUUGUAGUUUUAUUAUUUAUCCAGUAGGAGGCGGUAAUGCAACGUCUGGAUGCCAACUGCCUCAAAAAAACAAAAAGAAGGAGAAGAAGACAUCGAGGUACACAAGGGAAAGCGGAAGUUAGGUUUGGAAAUGUUUUUGUUGCAAUGAGACCGAUGAGCAUUGGACUUACUGGUACAUAUUUUGCAUAUGGCUUGUUUUAUAAACCCAUGACUUCGGAUUGACCGAAUUAUAAGUGCUAUUUGACCCUGCCCUCAUUUAAAAGUGGCUAACGUGGAGUUACAACUGGCGAGAACGUGAUAGUGAUGUCGGCCAAAACAAUGGCAAGUAAAAGCAAAGACAGCGGCGAAGUCAUUAAAAACUACCAUAAACAGGCGUUUGAGUAUGUAUCGAAGGCAUUGAGGAUCGACGAAGAUGAUUCAGGAGCGAAAGAGGAGGCUGUGCAGUGGUACAAAAAGGGGAUUUCUGAGCUUGAAAGGGGGAUUGCUGUAGAGAUCACGGGACAGGCAGGAGAGCAGUAUGACAGAGCAAAAAGACUUCAAGAUAAAAUGGUCACAAAUCUCAACAUGGCAAAAGAAAGGCUCAGUCUGUUAGAAGCAACAAUGGCAUCUAAAAGGAGGAGCGAUCCACUGAAGUCCUUCAAUCAUGGUCUUCCACAACCAAAUCCUGUGCCUAAAAGCCAGCCUGCAGUGCGAGGUAACAUCAGACCCUCCACUGUAGUUCGCCCACCAUCCAGACCCACCGAUCCAAAGGUGACCCCACGGGUGGGAAGACAUCAAAAUGGAAAACCCACAACUGUGAAGCAGCCGGCAAAAAGGGAUAUGAAAAACUUCAAAAAUGUUGACAGCAAACUGGCCUCCCUAAUCAUGAAUGAAAUUGUUGAAAGUGCGGCAUCAGUAUCUUUUAAAGACAUUGCGGGACAGGUACUGGCCAAGCAAGCACUCCAAGAGAUUGUCAUCCUCCCUGCCUUAAGACCAGAGCUCUUUACUGGUCUGAGAUCUCCGGCACGUGGUUUGCUUUUAUUCGGCCCACCUGGAAAUGGGAAAACAAUGCUGGCCAAAGCAGUCGCAGCAGAGUCAAACGCCACAUUCUUCAACAUCAGCGCUGCCAGUCUGACCUCUAAAUAUGUGGGAGAGGGUGAGAAGCUUGUUCGAGCCCUGUUUGCAGUUGCCAGAGAAUUGCAGCCCUCUGUCAUCUUUAUUGAUGAAAUUGACAGCUUGCUGUGUGAAAGGAGGGAGGGAGAACACGAAGCGUCUCGUCGAUUAAAAACAGAGUUCCUCGUUGAGUUUGAUGGGGUGCAGUCAGGAGGGGACGACAGGGUGCUCGUAAUGGGAGCGACCAACAGGCCUCAGGAGCUCGAUGAAGCAGUGCUGAGGCGCUUUGCAAAAAGGGUUUAUGUGGCAUUGCCGGAUGCUGAGACAAGAUUAACACUGCUGGAAAACCUUUUGGCAAAGCAUGGGAAUCCACUGAGCAAAACUGAGCUGUCCAAUCUCGCAAAAAAGAGCGACGGAUAUUCAGGAAGUGAUCUCACGUCAUUAGCUAAAGACGCUGCGCUCGGACCCAUUAGAGAGUUGGGACCAGACGAAGUCCGAAGAAUGGCUGCUAGUGAGAUGCGUAACAUCAAACUCAAAGACUUUGAGGACUCCCUGAAGCGCAUUAAGCCCAGUGUUAGCCCGGGGACUCUUGGCAUGUACGCCAAAUGGAACAAGGAUUUUGGGGACACGACAGCUUUUUGAACUUUCUUUUGGUUUGAAAAACUGUUAAUAAAAUAGCAGUUGAACUUAUAAACAACAAUUAAACUCUUUGUAGGGGGAUAAAUCUAUAAUGUGUAAAUAUUAUGACAUUUGGAAACCCUUCCUGUUUUAUGGGAACACUUUGCUAGCAGGUUUCUUUACUGUAUUUUGUCCUUAAACACUCUAGAACUUGAAAUUUCAUUAUUUAUUCUCAAGAAUGUCCUGCAAAGUUACAAGUGGUCUUUCUCUUGCCUCAGGAGGGCAGCAACUUGCUGUAAACCCUGAUAUAACUACAGAUUUAGAUAAGGUUACCCCCCCCCCCCCCAUUAGUAACAUGAUGUACAUACAUGUUGAUGGUUUAAUCUCUCCGUUCACACUCAUGAGUGAUAACAGUCGUGGGAAGAUUUGGGGUGCAUUUGUAAUAUAACUUUUCUUUCCACUUGCACUUGAAAAAUAAAUUCAUUGUAUUUGAAAGUAUGAGACCCUAAGGAAUCAGAGAGUUAUGGCAACGGCUUCCUACUUUCCCCAUGCAUCAAUAAAUUAAUUUGUGGAAAUAUC